CACAUUUAUUUUUCAGAUCGUCAAACGUUAGUAGUAACAACUCUGCCCAUUGUUUCCACAUGACCAUGGCGGUGGUUGAUUCCAUGGUCUUCCUUUUCCUGUUACCGGUGGCUCUGUUCUUUAACUCGGCAGCUUCACAGUCAACCGGAUAUACAAACCAUACUGUUGGUGGUUCAGCUGGUUGGUUCUUUGACGUCAACACUCAAAAGGCUUCUGCUGAUUACUCUGCUUGGGCUGCUAAACAGACCUUUAAUCUUGGUGACACUUUGGUAUUCAAUACAAACACCAACCAGACAGUUAUUCAAACUUACAAUGCAACCACAUAUAGGAACUGCACCGCGGAUUAUGCUUCAGAUGAUGACACAUUUCAGUAUCAAGGAGGCAGCAAUGAAUUUGGUAAAGCGAUGACAAUCACUGUUUCAUUGACCCUCGAGGGCCAACAAUACUAUUUCUCUGAAGCUGAUGAUGGGAGUCAGUGCCUGAAUGGCAUGGCAUUCGAUAUCAAAGUGAGGCAUGGCAUGGGACUUCCUCCGAGCCUCAACCAACCACCUCCUCCACCCUAUGUGGAACCGCCAUCCACAGUCGAAGAUGCUGAGUCACCACCUAUCACCGUGGUAACCAGCAGCCCUAACGGUGGUGUGAGGAGCAGUGCUAGACUCUUCUUGGCAGUUUUUGUACUUGUGAUGUUGGUGUUGCAUUUGGUCUAAGGUGGAAAACUAUACUUCCUAGUUCCAAGACAGAUUUGAAAGUUGGAGCUAUCCAUAUAUUUAUUGCUUAGAAAUGAGAGAAAGAAAGGAGUUAAUUCAAAUUAUUACAGGUUUUUGUAUUGUAGUAACAUAUUUAUCUAUCACAUUUUUCAUUCAAUUGUCCUGUAUUUACCA